AUGCUUCCUCUCCAAGAGCCUCAUAGGAACAUUCGACCAGCAUGGACAGGAACAGCAUCUCCCUCACAUCCACACCCACGACUGGUGAUAGCUGUGAUGCUGAGGAACACGUCUCUUCUGCAGCCCAUGAACAUCUUGAUCCUGAGCCUGGCGGUGUCUGACCUCAUGAUCGCCCUGUGCGGCUUGCUGGUCGCCACCAUCACAAACUACCAGGGCUCCUACUUUAUCGGCCAUGCCGCCUGCGUUUUCCAGGGAUUUUCUGUGAAUUACUUCGGCCUGGGGUCUCUCUGCACUCUAACCCUUCUCGCCUUCGAGCGCUACAACGUGGUGUGCCACCCAAAAGCUGCUUUGAGGUUGAGCAUGCGGCGAAGUGUGCAGGGCCUGCUGUUUGUCUGGGUCUUCUGCUUGUUCUGGGCUGUCGCCCUGUUACUCGGCUGGAGCUCCUACAGUCUCGAAGACUUCCAGACGCCCUUCUCUCUGGCGUGGGAGGAGAGGUCGUGGAGCAACACCAGCUACCUCAUUCUGUACUCACUCCUCUGUUUCAUUGUACCUGUCGCCAUCAUCAUCUACUGCUACUUCCAUGUGCUGAAAUCCUUGAGAAAGCUGAACAGGAGGCUGGAGCUGCCAGGCGGCCGUUCCAGGAAGAGUGAGAAUGAUCACGCCAUCACCAUGGUCCUGGCGAUAACAGCCUUCUUUGUUUGCUGGCUGCCUUACGCAGUGGUGGUAGUGGUGGAUCCAGAGCUGCGCGUCCCUCCACUCAUUGCAACUCUGCCCAUGUACUUUGCAAAAACCAGCCCGGUGUACAACCCCAUCAUCUACUUCUUUUCCAACGAACAGUUCCGUGAGUGUGCUCUGGAGGUGUUGUCGUGCGGGCGUUAUGUUCCCAGGGGGGCCGCUGGCGUCAGCAUCCCUGUGAGCUCCUUGAACAGGGGGAGCUGUCUGUCUUCCAGGAGCAGGAGCGCCAGCACGCGCAGCAAGGUGUUGCCUCUGUGACUUCUCCGCAGCCAAAACAAACAAGGUGCCAUUGUUGACAACUAUUGUUGGCGCCUUGUCAAGGAC